GCAAUCUGUCAUGAUAUUCCUGGUGUCCUAUUACCGGCAUCUUUGCGUUAUAGCUAGAGGUUGUCAAAGAAGUUCAACGCUGACUAACAUCCAUGGAUGACCUCACCACCACGUGACCCUUACACUGCCGACUACCAGCUCCGGCCGCCAACUAGGAUAGGACUCUGCAACACAACCGAACAGCGAGUUCCUGGUCUGGUCUGCAGCCCGCACAGCGAUGCUAUCCCCCACACUGCUAAGACCAUGGCCGCUGGCUAAGUGCUCCCCCGCAUCAGACACACCACACGCCUGAAAAAAGGCCCAACAAGAUGCUUCGUUUCAGGGAUCAGCGCCGCCGCCGCCGCCGGUUAGCUGGAGCUAUGGUCUUCGUCAAUAUUAAAACGAUACCCAUGAUUGAUCCUGGAUGGACAGUGUUUAGUAUAUAAGCAGCCUGUGCUUCCGCAGCUAUGCGGCGUGGUCGAUUGUCUAAUUUUAAAUACGCCUUCUCCUGGAGCGGAGAUAAAAAUGCCCAUGGGUUCUCUACGCGAAUCCCCCAUUAUAACAAUUCCUGUCGUAUCCUUCCAGUACCUCAUAAUCGUCACGAGAGUAGGAUGCCUCAAUCAGCAGACAAAUACGAUGUCGUCAUCAUUGGCGCUGGGCCUGUCGGGCUUCUUGCCUCCCUAUGCUUCUCCAAAUGGGGGUAUGAAAUCAAACACAUCGAUAACCGCCCACUACCCACCAAAACCGGCCGGGCUGACGGUAUUCAGCCUCGUUCAUUAGAGCUGCUACGAAAUCUGGGUAUAAAACGCAAGAUCAUGGCACACGAUCCCGCGAGGGUUUAUGACGUUGCUUUCUGGGACCCCUUACCGGAUGGAAGAGGCAUACAUAGGACCGGAAGUUGGCCUAGCUGCCCUUCAUUCAUCGAUACUAGAUACCCCUUCACCACGUUAUUACACCAAGGGCAUAUCGAAAGGGCUUUCACAGAGGAGCUGACAAAGCAUGGCGGCUCUAUCGACCGACCCUGGACCAUUGUUGGAUUUAAAAAUGAUGGGGAGGAUAAAGCGUACCCCGUGGAAGUCACACUCAAGGACCUCGAUACAAAUGUCGAACAGGUAUCGAAAGCAAAAUAUCUAUUCAGUGGGGAAGGCGCCAAAAGCUUCAUUAGAGAGCAAUUGGGAAUAAAAAUUAUUCACAAGGACCCAAUUUCUCAUGUUUGGGGUGUGAUGGACGGAGUAGUACGGACAAACUUCCCUGAUAUCCUGACAAAGUGCACCAUUCAUUCGGAUAGCGGCUCUGUAAUGGUCAUACCACGAGAAAACAAUAUGGUGCGGUUAUACGUUCAAAUUUCGUCCUCGACUGAUGCAGACUGGAGCCCGCGGAAAACGGCAACGGUUUCGGAGGUCCAGCAAGCCGCCAAAAGGAUUUUCCAGCCUUACCAUUUAGAAUGGGACAGGGUGGAGUGGUACUCUGUGUACCCUAUUGGGCAGGGAAUUGCUGAGAGGUAUACAUUGGACCAUCGCAUAUUUAUAGGCGGCGAUGCUUGUCAUACACAUAGCCCCAAAGCGGGUCAGGGUAUGAAUACCGCAUUUCACGACGCAUUAAACUUCGCCUGGAAAGUUCACAUGGUAGAACAAGGCUUCGCCAAACCCUCGAUUUUGAACACAUAUGAAUCAGAGCGUAAACUAAUUGCCGAAACUCUCCUCAACUUUGACGCCAAAUAUGCGGCCUUGUUCUCUUCAAGACCCCCAUCCGCUGCUGAAGUGGGAGCAGCCAGCAACAACAACAACAACAACGAUGACGACGAUGACGCAACAAGCAAUAUCAACGAAUUUGUAGACAUGUUCAAAUCCGCUUGCGAAUUUACCAGCGGGUACGGCGUAGUUUACCAACCCAAUAUCUUCAAUUGGGGACCCGAUCACCCCGCCAAGUCCCCUCUAUUCAACCCCCCAGGGGUAAAAUUGGUCCCCGGUCGAGUGUUCCCCUCAUGCACCGUUACCCGACUAAGUGACUCCAACAAGGUUGCGCUGGAGCAAGCAGUGCCCGCCAACGGCUCCUUCCGCAUCCAUAUCUUCGCCGGAAACCCAGACAAGACGAGGCAAGCAGUGAACGACUUCGCAUCAAACCUGGAGAAAAAGCGCUCAUUCCUCUCCAGCUACCAACGAAGGGAUAUCGAUACUGUCUCCCAUUUUGAACGACAUAAUCCGCACUCCCACCUUUUUACAUUCUGCCUGACUUACUCAAACACCGAGGGCUCGGGUGCAAUUGACCACCUGCCCAAGUUGCUAAAGGCGUAUCGCCAUCAUAUCUACGUCGAUAACGUCCCUGACAUUAAGGCACUGAACGCAAGAGCAGCGGCCCACACGAAACUUGGCUUCGAUACGGAGAGAGGCGGCGUAGUUGUUCUCAGGCCAGAUGGGCAUAUCGCAUGCACCCUGCAGCUCGUCGAGGGGAACGGCACGGUAGAUGCGCUGAAUGAGUAUUUUGGGGCGUUUGCAAGCAAGGCGCUUGGAGAUGGACAUUCUCACGCAAAAUUGUAAUAUCGUGCAUCAUUCUAUUGGUAGUUGAUUGGCUUUCUUUAGGUUAAUUGAUAGAUACCUGGCCUUUAUAUAUAUAUCGGUGCAAAUGUGCUGCGCAUACUUUAUAUUCCCAACGAGCCUAUGGUUGGUUAUAUGCAUUCGUAUGUACAUGUACAUUACAUACCUUUAACUAUCUUCUUUUUGGCUUCUUCUUCUUCUUCUUCUUCUUACAUCGCCAAAUCGGGCCUAAUCAUAAUCACUCAGCUAACCCAAAGAAAUUGAAAUACUCUCACCGAAUGAAAAAUAAAUAAAUAAAUAAAAUAAAAUAGAG